CAGAUACUACUCUCCUUCAAGGUCAAACGACUCUCUUGUCAAUGAAACCAAAUAUUCUGGAAAAUUCUCAGGACAGUGCUUGAGACGGACAGCCGUUUCUACAACCAUCCCCUGACCUACAGCUCCACCCCAACGAACUGAUAAGACUGAGAUCGCAUAGUCAUCUUUUACACCUUCCUGAACAUACCAUUAUGAUGACCCGUACAUCUGAAAUGUCUCAAUCGCUAAGCCAAAGACUAGACGUAGAAAAACGACCCUCGAACCUUUCCGAGCCAUAUAACUCGCUGCCUCACACACCAUCCUCUCCAGAUUGUUCUGGCGUCACUUACCAGGGCGAACUCGGAGCCAGACCCAAGAGGCAACAUUUUUUCUCGGCGCUGGAUUCAAAUUAUGCGGAAGCUGUAAACUUGGAUGCAGAGACUGUGGUGUACACUUUGGAAGAAGAUACCAGGAUUAAAAGAAAGAUUGACAACAGAGUACUUCCGUUGAUCAUAUGCAGCUUUAUUUUCAAUCAAUUCGAUCGGACGAACAUUGGCAAUGCCCAUAUCAUCCCAGCUUUCAACGAAAACUUUGGUAUCACUGAUAACAACAAAUGGACCCUGGCGCUGAGCAUAUUCUACGUUGGAUACUGCCUCUUGGAAAUACCAGCUAAUGUUCUACAGCGACACAUUGGCGCUAAUCGAUUCUUCUUUCUCUCCUUGACUUUCUGGGGUCUGUCCUCGCUUUCAAUCGUGUAUGCGAAAGGAUACGCAGCUCUACUUGUUCUACGAGUCUUGUUAGGGAUUGGGGAAGCUGGUUUUUAUGCUGGAGUGAUCUAUUACCUAUCUUUUUGGUACAAGCGACACGAGCUUGCUAUGCGUAUCAGUCUCUGCAUGACUGCGACUUACUCUGGUGCUAUUGGUGGUCUGCUUGCAUUUGGUCUUGUCAGAGCGCACACUCCCCUUCUAGAUGGAUGGCAAUUCCUCUACCUUGUUGAAGCGAUACCUACUAUAAUCAUGGCUUUUGUAACACUCUUUUUUCUUCCCGCUUUCCCUUUUUCCGCAAGUUUCUUCACCCCACGGGAGAAGGCUAUCGCCCAAGCUCGCGUCAACCGCGAUCACAGACCUCAAUCGCACGGUGGAAUGACCGGGUGGCAAGGUUUCAAGGCGGUUGUCAUCGACCCCAAUGCCUGGAUGUUCAUGUCGAUUUACGCUAGCUUCAAUGUCGGAGUGGCCACUAUUUCAUACUUUUUACCUACGCUCAUUAAUGAUCUCGGCUUCACCGCAAUCAACGCACAGGGCCUGACUGUCGCACCCUAUGUCCUCGGAUGGGGUAUGGUUGUGCUUCAAGCUUGGCACAGCGACAAGACCCGAGAACGAGGGUGGCAUAUUAUCGUUUCUUGUCUAAUAUCUUUCGUGGGCUACAUCAUACUGGCUACAUCCGCGAGGAAGAGCGUUGGCGCAUCGUAUUUUGCGCUAUUUUUGGUCGUUGGAGGGUUGUACAGUCUAUUCCCGCUAGUGAUGAGCUGGGCAGCAAAUACAUUAUCUCCUACAUCCAAGCGAGGAGUAGGAACUGCAUUUAUUGUGUCUAUUUCAAACACCGUGUCUAUCGCUUCUCCGCAGAUCUACUUCGAUCCAGAAGACGACUAUGUCAAAGGGCACGCCAUAUCCGCCGGCUGUCUGUUCUUGUCCAUGCUCAUGGCUUUUGCCCUUCGCACUCGGCUUUCGUGGCUCAACAAGCGUAAUGCCCAACGCUUGAGUGGAAUGUCUGAAGACGAGAAAGCAUUGUUACCUGCGGUGAAUGAAAUGGAUGACCAGGAUCCAAGAUACGUUUUUAUGAUCUGAAUCACGAUAGUAGUGUUACACAUUGCUUGUGCACACAAGAUAUUAUAUGAAAGUCGCAAUAACGCUGAAGUGGUCUCGUACCAGCUCAUACCUGAGAUGUCAAUCCUACACUUAGUAGUUUUUCGGGGACAAACUCCGGCCCUGAUAUGAUAUCAACCGUCCCAUGUAACAUGUUCGACUUUGUUCAUAGAGAGGUAGACAAACAUUACUCUUCCCAACCAUUGUCUGUCGGAAUCUUUGGGACGUCUCAAGAUAUAUGAUAUCCAACCAGCGUAUGAUGCCCGACUUGCGGGGUCAAUACGCUUCAGCUUACCUCUUCAUGAAGAGUAUCCUUGAGGAUCUGCGUGUGCGAGCUUUUCUAACCGGUAGAUGAAC